CCAGUUCGCUGCCAAGUGCGCCAAGUGUAGCCGGGCCAUCGGUGCCUCCGACUUCCGGCGUGCCCGUGAGCAGGUCUACCAUUUGGCCUGCUUCGCUUGUGACGCCUGCAAGCGGCAGCUCUCCACCGGUGAGGAGUUCGCGCUGCAUGACGGACGGGUGCUGUGCAAAAGCCAUUACAUUUCCACUCUCGAAGGGAACAAUGAAAACAGCGAACAGGAGUGCGGGUCAGGAAGCUCUGGUGGUGGCUCAGGUGGAGGAGGCGGCUCCAAAGCCAAGACAAAGCGAGUGCGUACAACCUUUACCGAAGAGCAGCAGGUGCUGCAGGCCAACUUCAACCUGGACUCGAACCCGGACGGGCAGGACCUGGAGCGCAUCGCGCAGAUCACGGGGCUCAGCAAGCGCGUCACCCAGGUGUGGUUCCAGAACUCACGCGCCCGUCAAAAGAAGUACUUCAACAACCAGGCAAAAAAAGCCUUUGGGAAAGAAGCGCACUUGGUCGACACUACUGUUGGCAGCCUUAACGAGGCCGGAAAG